GGUAUGCCUCUGUUGUACUCCUGUGUUGCCUGUGAUUCUGUUGUGCUUGCAGACCAUGCUGAUGUCGUUGGUAACUUUGAAGCUGCCACUCAACAAAUAUUGGACAGGACAGAUAGCUCUAAGUUUUCAAGGCACACAUACAGUGUCAACCAGUACAACUAUCAUGUUUUAACAAAAAAAGGAUUCACCUUUCUUGCAAUUGCUGACCAAGAAUUUCCUAUGCGAAUUUCAUUUGCUUAUCUGGAAAAGAUUGGGGAGAAGUUUUUCUCAGGAACCUUACCCCAGCGAGCGAGCAAUGCUAAACCAUAUGAGUUUCGAAGAGACUUUUCACCCAUUCUCUCCUCCUGCAUCGUUCAGUUUAACAAGACAAGGGAGGUAGAUAACAUGGCAGAACUACAUGGACAAGUUGAAGAUGUUAAGGGAGUGAUGAAUCAGAAUAUUGAGAAAAUUCUAGAACGUGGAGAAAACUUAGAGCAGUUGCAGGAGAGAACUACUCAGCUUAAUCUUAAUGCUGACAGAUUUCAAUCACAAGCUGUACGAUUGCGAAGGAAGAUGUGGUGGCAAAACCAAAAGGUGGUAAUUUCUCUGGUGGUGGUUUCACUUUUAAUAGUAGGGAUCGUAUCUCUUAUCAUCUGCUGGCAAGAGGGGGUCUUCAAAAAGAAAUAAACAGUUGAAUGAUUCUUUGAAACCUUGAAACAGAUUUUUAUGCCCCAAAUGAUUAUUCCUUCUGAGGUUUUGUGGACUUUGUGUUAAUGGAUUUUUUAAAUGUUACCGUGUUGGCUUUUCAAUGUUUAUUGUUAUAUUAUAUUUGACGUUUUGAAUCGCAUUUUGGCUAAGAUUUGUAUGUUUUUUAAAAAGAGAGUAUCCCAGUUGAGUGUUUAAAGAGGGUUACAGUGCAACGAUCUGUUAUACACACGUCACAUAAUGCUUACCCUGAUCAUUUGACAGCAUGGUAACACGCACAUAGCUAUCCUGGAGCGAGCGUUCUAUUUGUGAACAGUACUGUAAUCCUGUUUAUACUGUAGUUACAGCGGAUUUUAAGUUCCCAGUACUCCUAUAACUUAUUCACUUGAUGUCAUAGAGUACGUUAUUAUUAGGUUAGAUAUUAGUUGUUCGAUUCCAUUGUAUCAAGCGCGGUCAGACAUUUGAACUAAGCGUCUGCACUCUGCUCUAUUUGCUAAGAAAUAGGGCGUUGCUUCUAAAGUACAUAUAAUUUAAUUCGCAUGCUCACGUGACACGAAACUGAACUAGAUUUGAGCAGUAUGUGGGACAUUUUGUAAGUUGUGGCAAUGAAAAGCAAAGCAAUUUGUUUUUCAUGGUCAUAAAUAUUUGAUCAAUUGACGAUCGUAGAUUAAGACUAAGAUAUAAUCUUUUGACCAUUCCAAACUACAAGACAUGGGCCUUGAAAUAUCAUACUACCCUUUAAUGUCAGGGUUUUAUCCGGAUUUUGUGUUGUUGGUUAAUAAAUAGAGUGAAUACAAUAUAGAAUGAUCAUUGAACUUAGUGACUCAGUGGUUAUGUGGUAAAAUAGCACCAGUGUCGCAUAGUGAUUUAACAUGCUAUUUUGUUCGAUCUGAAUUUAUUUUUGUUAUUUUCGUGAAGCUUAUGUUUUGACCAGCUCUUAAAAUAUUGUUAUGAAGAUUUUUCUGAACGAUUUAAUGAUUGAUGUAUGACACUAAACGGGCUGAUUACAUUGUACAUUUCAUGACAAGAAAACAAUUUGUUAUUUAAUUUCGCAUGUUUUUCUCGGUGUAUUCAAAUAUUAUUCAAACA